AUGUCCGCCAGCACUUUAACCUCCCAAACACCCUUGGAAGACGCGAUCCGGGAAAAGGUAAAGCCCAAGUCACAUAUUGGAGAGAAGCGCAAUGGAUAUGCGGUCACAAGAGAACUAUCACCGAUUUCCCUGACGAUCCGAAACGACUCUAAGCAUCAUGCUCAUCAUGCGCCCAUGCAAGGAAAUACAUCUACAGAGACCCAUUUCCAUGUAACGAUAAUCUCGUCCGCAUUCGCAUCGAAGAACCAGCCGGCCCGACACAGAAUGGUAUAUAACCUGCUCAAGGAAGAGAUGGCGCGAGACGGCGGUAUACAUGCGCUACAACUUAAGACGAGAACCCCUGAAGAAGAAGAGAAGGCCGCGAAGCAGUAA